AUGGCGCCACCACCACCACCACUAUGUCGAUUGUGCAAGUCAAGAUGCACCAGCAGCCUUGCAACUGGCAAGCUGUUCGGCAUCUACUUCCAGCCGAGUUUUCGUCAUGCGGCGAUCGUCCCAUUCAAUGUGAGGUUGAAAUUCAACAAGCUGACAGGAGACACUGUGACAUUUGAGGCUCCUGGGGGGCCGUACACUAUGGAGGUCGAGAAAGGACGCAAUAUGUCGCAGAUUGGAGGAGAUGGAUGGGCCCGUUUCGUCGCUCGCAUGCGUCUUACUAGUGAUGAUGAAGAUGACGAAGAUGAUGAAGAUGAUGAAGAUAAUGAGGACCCACUCGAUGAAGAUGAUGAGGACCCACUUCAUGAAGCCAUCAUAGCUCAAAGAACAAGGCCGAGUGAGGAGCAGGUGUCCAACCUGUGGGACAUAAUUCCGCCACGUGCUGACUUUGUCGGGGUGCCAUUCGUGACUCGCUUGACAAAUACCAUGGUUGAUCGACAUGAUAUGAAAUUGGCAAAGAGAAUAUCUGUGAGUUAUGGUAUCGAGCCUGAUGAAGAAGGCUCGGCUGGACUACGCCUUACUGCAAGGGGCUCCGUCACAACCUGUACUUACCGCGUGGACACGGACGGUCGCACACUCUUAAAUUCGGUUGGGUGGAAGAAAUUCCUCGAUGGCAAGAAUCUUCGUGUUGGACAGGCCAUCCUAAUUACUAUCAGGAACACCAACCGCCCAGGCUUAAGGAUGAUGAUUGUCUUCGAUAUCAUCUAG